UCUCUGUUCUGUUAGAUGAACAUUACCAGUGCCCAAGACCCUCCACUCUUCCCCGGGCCUUUCUCCAUUGAUGAGCAGGGAUUGCUGCGGGCACCAUCCCAGGGCCUCAGAGGUCAGGCUCUAAAGACCUUCCAGCUGCACAUUUUAGUGUCUUUAGGAAAAGGCCAAAGCUGCAAAGGGAUGCUAACAGUGAAGGUUUUGCCUGCGCCCUCCAGCCAAGUCUCCUUCCCGCAGAAGGCCCAGAGUAUCACCAUCCCAGAGGAUCUGGUCCCUGGGAGCAAGGUGAUUCAGGUCCAGGCUAGGGGAUCCAACUUACUCUAUGAAAUCAUCUCCCCAUUGCCCAGCCCACUCUACUCCAUUGGACAAGCUGACGGGGUAGUGAGGACCACCGCGCCCCUGGAUUUGGCUCGCGCUCAGGGUGCAGCGGUCACGAAACUGCAGGUGAGGGCCUUUGAGAGGCUCCAGCCUUGGGCCAGUGCCGAGUUCGAUCUCACGGUUAACGUGCGAGCAGUCAACCAGUGGCCCCCACGCUGCCAUCCCGCGCUACUGGUGACUCAAGUCCCAGAGACUACACCUGUGGGCACGGUGCUGAGCAAGCUCACUUGCGUUGACCCAGACUCUGCUGGCGCCCCCCUCGACUUCCAGCUGCAGUUCCACAACCCUCCCGACUCUGCCAGCCUCCAUCUUCGUGACAGAGUCCUUGAGGUAAAUACUACAUUGGAUUGUGACACUCCUGGGGCUUGCUUCCAGCAUGCAGCGUCCAUCUUGGUUUUGGAUGAUGGCCAGCCCCAGAUGACCACUGAGGUUCCAGUACUGGUGAUGGUAACGCCCGUCAAUGAGUUCUCCCCAGCCUGUGUCCCACGCACGUUCCGGGUUCGGGAGGAUGCGGGGCCCCACACUCCGCUGGGCUCCGUAGUGGGCACGGAUACUGAUUACCCUCAUAACAGCCUUGAGUACUACAUCUCUGGUGGACCCUCCACCUUUGCUGUGGAUCGUCUCAGUGGAGAGAUUCACCUCCUGGGGCCUUUGGACUAUGAGCAGCAAAGGUGGUACAAGAUCAUUAUUCUCCUGAUUGAUCACAGCCAAGACUGGGACCUCAACCGCCAUCGCUCAGGUUCAUGUACUGUAACCAUUGAGGUUGAGGAUGUGAAUGACCAUGCCCCCGAGUGUGAGCCUCCAUUUCAGGAACUCACCAUCUACACUCCCUUGGGCUGUAGCAUGGAGGUGACCAAGGUGUCAUGCUGGAUCCCUCAAGAGCCACAGCGCUUGGCACUCUCCUACAGCAUCGUGGGAGGGAAUAGCCAGAGCCGGUUUAGACUGCAAGGGACCAUCCUGAUGCACAAUGACACUGUGUUGGGGCCUCCGUGGCCAGAGCAGCCCUGCACCUAUGAGCUAUUGAUCCAUGUUGCUGAUGUGGGCCCUUCCACCCCCCACCUCAGCACCACAACCACCAUCAUUGUGCAUCUAGUUCCUUGGAGGGCCGGCACGGUGGCCACCAGCACCCACAGAAGCACAGUGUCCUCAACAAUGACGCCCCUGAUUGUGACAGAGGUAGAGGCUUUCUGGAAGCCAGAGCCUUGGUUUGUGGUAGUGCUGACAGCGACUGGCGCAGUUCUCCUCCUGGCUCUGGGCUGGCUCCUCAGCAGGAUCCUCCGGGGGUUUGCCCAGCUACUACAGGCACCGAGCAAACCAGCCAGAGCUCUGCUGCUAAACAGCAUCCCGGGAAAUGAAGGAUCCGUUGAGAGACUCAUGGAGGCACCAGAAUGGAGAUGUCCCCAGGUAACCAGAACUUCCAUGAGUCUGGUAUGCCAUAUCCCAAGUUGAGGGCACUGAGGCUGCUCUAGGGUACUGCCUAUCCCUGCAAAGCCUGCCUUCCUCCCUGUGAGUGGCCACCCCUGUGAGAAUGCCCACACCACCACCAAGAUAGCGGAGGCAGGUGGGCACCCAGCCCUUCCAUCUGCUCCCUGUGGGCAAGGUUCAACUCACUGUGCCCUUUAUUUUUUUUCAGAAGCAUUUUGAUGGCAGAGCCCACGAUGUCC